GUCAGAGGCAGUGCUGGGUCGACCGGGAUGCGGGACGGAAUGUCCUGCUCCGUCAUGGAACGGGAAUUAUGGAGGUUCAUCGAGGAAAUCAAUCGCUCUAUCAGGACUCAUUCGUGUUCAUUUGCAGAGUGAUGGAUGUGCAGAUAUGGCUUGACCAUUUGAGAAGUAUUUCGCACCGAUUGCUCUGCCGCAUCGCCUUUCUUGUGGCUUUAAAAUAAGAUAUUAAGAAAGCAGAUGCGUUUUGAAACAAUGUAACAAAUUCGCAGUGUGAUGUAAUGUUACAGUGUAAACAAAUCGCAGCGCGGUGUCAUGAAACAAUGUAACAGAUUCCGAACGUCCGAUGUGUAAUCUGCAUGUGUAAUUAUAAGCAUUAAACUCGUUUACAGAGAAAUGAUGGACCCUUUAAACUAACCAAAAGGACGCGAGAUUCAUAUUCAAAUUUGGCAGAGAAUCGCAAUAGAUCUAAAUAAUGCAUUUAACAAAAAUCUUAUUAGAUUGGCCAAGUUAUGUCCCGCACUGAAAUGUGGACUUUAGAAUUGAUUCAUUAAUGGAAUGCAUGAAGGCGCUGCCGCUGUUGUGUGCAAAAGAGCCGUCCAUACAUCAUUCAUCUGAAAAAGAGUCGAGAAAAUAUGGCAGAGGCAUGUCUUGAUGAGAACCCCGUCGACAUAGACCCCGAUUUCGAGCCCCAGAAUAGGCCGAGGUCUUGCACAUGGCCUCUGCCCAGACCGGAGUCCGAUGCGGGCAAAGCCGAAUCAGCCGAAGUGGGCAUCAUUCCAGAGGAAGAGGUGGAUGAAAAUGGCACUGAUGAAACUUGUGCAUCUAUUGACAUUACUGAUACAUCAAAGGCAGCCAAUCCAAACCCAAAUGACAGCUUCGGUGCUGCUACCCCUAUCAUAGAAACCAAUGUUGCAAUCAAUUUUAAAGACAGUAAUGGGUCUCCAGUUUCUUCCCAACAAGUGUUUCCCACUGCAUGCAGUGACUCCAACGCCAAUGGCCUUGUUCCUCAACAGCCCAGAAAAUCUUCUGCCCGCAGGAAUGCCUGGGGAAACUAUUCCUAUGCAGAUCUCAUCACCCAAGCCAUCGAGAGUUCGCCGGAGAAGAGGCAGACAUUGGCCCAGAUUUAUGAUUGGAUGGUCCGAAAUGUGCCAUACUUCAAGGACAAAGGUAACAGCAACAGCUCCGCAGGGUGGAAGAACUCGAUUCGGCAUAACUUGUCACUCCAUAGUCGCUUCGUCCGGGUCCAGAAUGAAGGAACCAGAAAAAGUUCUUGGUGGAUGGUCAACCCAGAUGGUGAAAAAGGGGGCAAAGCCCCACGGAGACGUGCUGUUUCCAUGGACAACAGUAAUAAGCUAAUCAAGAGUGCCCGUGGCCGUGCUGCAAAAAAGAAAGCCGCUUUACAGGCUACUCAGGACGGAAGCUCAGAGAGUUUGUCCAGCUUGUCUAAAUGGACUGGGAGCCCGACGUCCCGAAGCAGCGACGAACUUGAUGCUUGGACAGAUUUCCGUUCUCGCACCAACUCAAACGCCAGCACCCUAAGCGGACGUCUUUCACCAAUUCUGGCCAACCUGGAGGUGGACGAAGUUCCUGAUGAUGACUCUCCACUGUCGCCCAUGCUGUACUCUAGCCCUAGUAGUAUGUCUCCGUCCACUGGUCUGACCGAACUGCCCCGUCUAGCUGACCUCGCUGGAACCAUGAACCUCAAUGACGGCCUCUCAGAAAACCUAAUGGACAACCUUCUAGACAACAUCAGCUUGACCGCUUCCCAAUCUCCAGGUCAAAAUGAGAGUGGGGGCAACCUACAGGGAAGUCCUGUGUUUACCUUCAGCUGCUCUGGAAGCAGUCUGGCAAUUCCGUCUGGCAGCUAUGGUCCUAACUCCAUGUUCAGCCCAACGUUUGUCACCAGCUUGAGGCAGUCUCCAAUGCAAACGAUCCAGGAAAACAAACAGGCUACGUUCUCCUGCUGUUCCCUCUUUAGCGAGCAAAGUCUACAGGACUUGCUCAACUCAGAGUCCCACAGUCGCAGUGAUGUCCUUCUUACCCAGUCUGACCCACUGAUGUCUCAAGCCAGUGCCUCCCUCUCCUCUCAAAAUGCCUGUCAAUGUGCUCUAUUGCUGCGUAAUGACCCCAUGUUGUCCAACCAGGCUGAGCCUUGUGGACAAGUGGGACUCAAGAAGGCGUUGCAAUCCGGACAGCGGAUGAACAAUGUCUCGUGCAGUGAGUCUGACUACCAAAGCUUGAUGAAGCAACAUCUCCAACAGUCUCCCUUCAGAAGCAUGUCUAUGCAGCUCAACUCCUCUGAUUCGAUGUUGGUAGGUCUCAACGGUAGUGUGAACUCCAUUCAGUUGGUGUCUCAGGAUAGAUUCCCAUCGGACUUGGAUCUUGAAGCGUUAAGUGGCAGUCUCGAUUGUGAUAUAGAUGCCAUCACCCGCAAUGACCUAAUGGAUGCUGAAGGCCUGGAGUUCAGCUUUUAUUCGCAUCUCUUCUCCUCCCAGAAUGCUAACCUGACUUCAGGGAGCUUUUCUGGUACUAAACGAACCUCCUCUCAAAGCUGGGUGCCAGGUUGAUCAGGCCAGUCCCAGGAAUGUAGUGUCGGGGCAGAACACAACAUUUGAGCCAAUGUAAAACAACUGUACAUUAUGCUGUAGAAAAGCUGUUUGACAUCCAUUGGAACGUUUGAGUCAACUUCAGUGAUUUACCCGUUUGUGGUGUUAAAGUUUUGUGGCUAUAUGUUUUGUAUUGUCAUGAAUCAUGAUUGAGAGUUGUUUGAUGGAUGGUUAAAAGAGUUUCAUCAAAGUUUAGCUUGAAGUGCUUGCAGUUUAAUCUAUUCACAAAAUAUUGAAAUCAGCCGCUCAAGUGGAGUAUUGUAUAGUGAAGGUUGUCUAUUUAUGAAGUCAGUACUUCCCUUGGUCCAUAUAUAUAUAUAUAUAUAUAUAUAUAUAUAUAUAUAUAUAUAUAUAUAUAUACACACACACACACACACACACAC